AUGUCGAGACCACCAUCCAAACAUUUACAAACCCAGAAAAGGACGAGAUCGGGCGUUUCUCUCACCAUGACGGAGCCGGAUGGAUCUGAAGCAGCCUACAGCCCCACGACCCCGAGUUCCCCGACGAGUUCUCAUGGCGAACAUCGAAGAAGUUUUUCUCUCAACUCGAUCAAAGGACGGCCAUGGCGCUCCAUGAGCAACAGCAACAGAGACCGAGAUUCUACACCAGACUCGGCGUUUAGGGGCCAUGUUAGGAAAUUAUCCAAAUCACGACCAUAUUCGGCAUCUCCAGUCGAUGGCUUCAGUCGACGUAGCUCAGGCAUUUCCGAGGAUCACGUCCAAAGUCUUCACAGCCGGUUGUCGUUCACCACAACAGAUCCCCCGAGUCUCACCCCAAGUUCGUCAUCAUGUUCCUUCGACUGGAAAACUCAAAGAGUAGAGGGGGGAUGUGCGCUGGAACCGGAUACAAGUCUGUUGAAGACCAAGACUCCAUACCUGGUGGUCACAACGGACUAUCUUCUCAAGAUGAAAAGCCGUGCCGACGCAGUGGCAUUAUUUCCAUCAUUGGCCAUUGAAGGCGAGAAAGCGCACCAUGGCUCCCCCCCGGAGCCUGCUCUCGCCAUCCCUAUAUCGACUGUUGUGGCAGCCUUCUACUCGGAAAGCAUCAAGCCGUCGUUUGGAAUCGAAGUAUGGUGGAAGGGUUUUGGCGGCCAGUCGUUUUACCGGUCCGAGUUCUUUUUCAGCUUACCGCGGGAGCAACAGAAGAUGCUCGAGAGCAUCACGCGAGUAAUAGGGACAAAAGAGCAGGACGAGUCUGGGUCUUUGAACAAGUGUGAUGAUAUCAAGCCACUCAUGCAAAAGAUCCAGAUGAUGGAGGAGCCAGUAUUCGCAAACAAGGAGUUGGAGAUCUUCCCGGUGAUCCCACGAGGACAUACGAGAAAGGAGUACAUGCCAAAGAUGGAGGAUGCGUCCAAGAAGUCUCAGGAGGGCUCGGCGUACUAUCUGGUCAUUGGCACAUAUCUCUGCUACCUCGCCGAAGUUCAGAGAGGGAAGGCUGGCUCAAGCUACAAGCACAGGACGUUCGGCCUGGUCACACUGAACUCGGUGGUUGGGGAUUGGUCCUUCCACGAGGAGAGGUUUAAUAUCUCGUUCCGUGAUCCCUUCAAGACGCCAGUGACACUCGAACUUGCCAGCCGCUACUAUCGACAGAUCAUUCGCAUCCUUGGUACUGCUGACCGCUUUAUCAAGCCCAACUGGCCCCAACUUUGGCAGAACCUGGAAAUCUUCUCGGUUUCUGGGCUUCGGAACCCUCAGUACUUGGUCUCUCGGGAAGACUACGGCGCCAUCAAGCGCACACUUGACGCUCACAUUGCCGGGUAUCGUUGUGCGCCUGUCGAGUGGGAGAUCAACUGGAAGACUCGGCAUGCACCCGAGUUUCGACUGCUCCCGCCAAAGCAUGCGGGACUGUACACAGGCCUUCAACUUUUGGCUGUUCUCAGGGCGCUCAGGUAUAAUGACUAUUUCAACUCGCUGUCUUUCAAGGAUGUGGACUUGUCGAUGCUGCACGGCGCGGAUGACAAUCUGGGCGGGGGCAUCAACGUUGCCUACCUGAGCCGGACUUGUAAGUUCUCAAAGUGUGUUUCUCUGUUCAGGCAGUCAGCUGACAACACUACAGGCAUCAAACUCACCAAUGAUGAAGUGCAGCUGCUGAAGACCUGCCCGGUGUUGCACCAGGAGUUCCAUGCUCUGGCUUAUUGCUCUGAGACGAUUCGGCAAAUCGAUUUCACCAACUGCAGCUAUGAGCUGAACAGGGGAAAGACAGCCGACAGCCACUACCCGACCCUCCAGUUCCUUACGCCUAUCCUCCAUCUCCUCAAGACCGGCAUCUCAAAGUGCAACCGUUUGAUCUUGGCCCACAAUCACCUUUCUGAACAUGACAUCAGCAACCUCGCCGAGACUAUGGAAACGGGUGCCAUCAGAGCCCUGGACAUCUCGGCUUGUGGCUUGGACGAUAUGGGUGUGAGGAGGAUCGUCAUUGACCCUCUGAUGGAGCGCCCUCUUCCUCUCGAGUCAUUGACGGUGGCGGGCAACUAUGGUCGAUUGCCCGCGUAUAUUUUGCCUGACCUCUUGCAGCAACUUCCUGAAAUUAGAGAGCUCAACCUCUGUGGCAGCAUUUUGGGAGACAGUUCGGAUGUGGGCCCGCUAUUGCCCUUUGAGCUGCUCGAAAGCCUCCAGUGGCUUGAGUCGAUCGAUAUCACGGGGUGGCUGAUCAACGAUGAGACCUUGAUGGACCUAGAGCGCUUCCUGAUGGCGAGAAGCUGGAAACUGGAUCACAGGCAAUUUUCAGCCUUCCGCCGGCUUGUCCUCAAGCAAUGCGGUAUUACGGGAUUCAAAGCUGCGGCAUUGUUUGAAGCCGUUGGGAAGGAUCAUGGCCUGCAUAUCGGCCUGAGCAACAAUCCGAUCGAGAACGGCAUUGGAGAGUUGGCUGCUGUCAUUCGGGAGAACAAGGGACCUGCUGGUCUGGAUAUGGAAAUGGUUGAGUUCCAGGACGAGGAUAACUACCUCGCUCUGAUCCACGCCUUGACCGAGACCAAGUACCUCACCGUCCUGAACAUGGCCGGUACAGCACCUGCUCCUUCUCCUACCGGCGUUUGCAGUUCCGAGAUGGUCAGCGCGCUGCAUGACUUGUUUGCGCGCAACACUUCCAUCCGGUGUCUUGAUCUCUCGGGCUUUUCCGGCAGGCUUGAUGAUGGCCAACUGACCAAGGGAUUCGGCCGCAGCUUGAGCGGUCUUGAGCAUAACAAGGCGAUGACCCACCUGCGGAUUCGGAACCAGAACCUCCACGACGACGCAGGCACGCUGGGCCAGUCCUUGAAGAGGAACAAUACACUGAUGGUCCUCGACUGCCAAGACAACAACCUCAAUCUGAACAGUUUUGGAUUCUUGGUCGACAGCAUGAAGAUUAACAGGACGAUCAUCGACUUCCCCUUCACCCCCAAGGAGCGCGCCGACAUUUGGAAGAAUGUCCUCAAGGGCCUUCGUCCAGGGCCACGCCCACCUCAGGCCAAAACUGGUCUCCACUUGGGCAAAGAUAAAAAGCACAAGGAUAAGAAGGACGACAAGGACAAGCAGCCUGCGCUUCAGCCCGACGUACAGGAAACUGCUUUGUGGACCAUCUUGGAGAAGCAGUUCAGGCAGCUGGACGAACACAUCGAGCGCAACCGCGAGCUUCUCGAGGCAUCAUCCGGCCAGGUCUUUGAUUUCGAGUCCCCAGCCUCCACCCCUAUCGACGCCGGACAGGCGGGCGGUGGUUUCAAUGCUGGUCCUGCUGGUGCAAGCGAGUGGCCUACCCUUCUUGAUCUCGAGUUCGACAUGGGCACCAUCGACCUGAACGACAGCACCACCCCUCCACCUGCGGUUGCCGGCCCUGUAGGCGAGGCAGUUGCUCAUGACGGGACAAUCCUUUUGCAGUCCAGCCCUGACCCGAAAUCCACACCCGCGGCCGAGGCCCCCAAGAAGGAGAAACACAGGCCACCCCCUCUCAUCCGUCGGAAGACUGUCCGUUCCUCUGCCCUGGACAAGGAGUCCCGGGAUGAGCCCCCACCGACACCUUCCUACUCCUUGAUCGGCCACGUCGGAGUAGGCAGCACAAUGUUGAACGCUGCACCCGACUAUCCCCCUCCCCCCCCUCCUCCACCCCCCGCCAUGCUCGCGGCCUUUGCCGGGGUCGAGUCACCAACUGAUACCCUCGACCCAGUCUCGGAGGUUGAGACGCCAGGGCCGGAUGAGUUGCUGCCUACAAUGGCUGAGCUUCACUUUAAGAACUAUAACAACAUUAGCGUGGCCAACAACAUCAAUAUCACCACCGCUACCACCAAAACCAACACCACUAUCACCACGACAACCAUCACGCACAGCAGCAGCACUAGCACGAACAAUAGCACUAGGGGUCAUAGGUUUACCCCGUCAAAUCAGAGUAUGGACGAGGAGGAGAAGUUGAGGGAGAUGUUGAGUCAGUAUAGGGGAGGAUUUAUGUUGGGGGGGUUUACUGACUGA